GAUUCCAGCGAGAGGUUGAAGGACAAAAAAAGAGGGAGGGACACACACACACACACACACUCCACGGGACCGAAAUCAUCCUGCAGAGUUGUGUAGCUCAAGUGUUGCUGUUGUGUUGUUUGAAAAUAAAAAGGAUACAAGCUUAUCCACCGAGGAGAAUCAUCAUGAGCAUUCGGGGACAGGAACAAGUGGAGAAGAAGUAUGACCCACUGGAUACCACCAUGAAGUUUGUCAACAGGAAGGAUGACUUGGAUCCAAUGUGUGAAGAUGAUGAUGACUGUCUCAAAGCAGAGAUGUCCUGCGGGCACGCCGUCACUCCUGAUAUUCUCACACAAUGGUGUCGCAGACAGCUGGAUGAAGGUAAUUACAAAUUCAGAUGCCCUGCACUGGUGGAGGGGAACAAAAUGUGCAAGGAGCUGUGGUCGUACCAAGAGGUGCGCAGACUGGCUGAUUUGUCUGUUGAGGAAAUGCAGCACUUUGAGGAGACCAUAGCUCUCUUGGCUGCUGCAGACUAUUGUGAAAUGCAGCUGUGCCCACAGUGCAAAACGAGUGUGGAGAGGAAGGAUCUCUCCAACCUGUGUGUCCAGUGCUUCGUAUGCAAAGCUGAUCAGAAGAAGACCUACCAAUUCUGCUGGCAGUGUCAGAGGGAGUGGAAAGGUCCAGGCCCUCGAUCUGACCGCUGCGGCAAUGACGACUGCAUGAACAGGGACCUGCAGCUUCUGCAGACGUGUAAGAUCAUCAGCCUGCCCGCGGUGAAGGGGGUCACCGCCUGCCCCUCUGUCCGAGCCUGUCCUACAUGCGGCAUGAAGGUGGAACACAGCCGACAAUACUGCAAAAAUAUCGACUGCCCGCGCUGCCACGUGGAGUUCUGUUUCGUCUGUCUGAAGGUGAAGAGUGAAUGUUCCAGUUCACCAUACAACAUCUGUCCUGGUGGUGUGGCUGCCAGACAAACCUCUGUCCCUGUGUGGAAGAGGAAAUGAAAAUAAAGGGCUCUGUCUGUUGGGUGGGGAACUAAUGGAUACAAGAAGCACCUGCACAGCACACCUUUAGGUUGUGCCCGUACAGUUUUUGUAAGGGUGAUAUAAUGUGACCAUCUGUAAAUGCUGAAUAUACUAAAUUGAAUUGAAAAUGAGAUAUUUAAAGAGUAAAAAGAAUAUUUUUGGAAAUCAAA